UUUUAAUGGAACUAGAUGUGAAAUAAAUCAAAAACAUGAAGAAAUAAAUAAUGUUGUAAAUAAAUUAAAUAAUGAUGAAGAAAUAAAUAGAAAUAAUUGGCAAUUAAAUAAAUGUUCAAAUGGAGGGAUUUGUUCUAUAAAUAAUAAUGAAAAUAUGUUCUUCAUCAACAAAAUGUUUGUGCCCUUCAAAUUUUGAAGGUAAUUAUUGCCAAAUUAAAAAAGAAACAAAAAUAGAAAAAUGUAUAAAAGAAAAUUGGUGUGGAAAAAAUGGUUAUUGUAAAAUAUUAAAUGAAGAAGGUGGAAAUAAUAUUUUUGAAGAAGAAAUUAUUUUUUGUGAAUGUAAAGAAGGAUUUUUUGGAGAAUUUUGUGAAGGUAAACAAAACAAUAAUUUAAAAAAUAAUUCUUGUGAAUGCUUAAAUGGAGGUGAAUGUAUUGAAAAUAAUUUAUGUAAAUGUUUAAUUGGAUUUUAUGGAAAUAAAUGUCAAUUUAAAUUAAAUCCUUGUAAUUUAUUUAAUGGUUUGUGUGUAAAGGAAGAAAAUUAUGAAUGUAAUGCUUAUUUUAAUAUGAGUACAGGGGCAAUAGAAUUAUUAUGCAAAUGUGGAGAAAAUAAUAAUAAUGAAGGUUGGAAAAAUUUGGAAGAUUUUUUUGAUUUUAAUUAUGGAACCCAACAAUAA